AUCAAAAAGUGCUUAAUCUCUUUUUUUCGACAAUAAAAAGAGUGCUUAAUCUUGGUUUCCUCAAUAUCGCACCACAUUUCCCCCUCUCAAAAUUUAGAAAAUUCGAACCCUAGAAAACGUAGAUAUACCGGCAGUGGUUCCAAUCCACCUCUCGUGCUCACAGAUUUUCACUCCAAUUUUCGACUGCUGAUUCACAGGUACUUCAAGACUUUACUGAAUAAUGUCUAAAUCAAUCGAUGAGGUAACAAUGAUUCCGUCUGAGAAGAGAGCAAGACAUGAUAAUGAAGAGAAUCAAGACAGACUCAGUGACUUACCUGAUUGUGUUCUUCUUCACAUUUUGUCAUUUUUUAAUUCCAAACAUGCCGUUCGGACUUGUGUUUUAUCAACAAGAUGGAAAUAUAUUUGGAAACGUAUACAUACUCUGAUAUUGCAUUCCACAGAUUUUUCUACUGUCAAGAAAUUUUCUAUAUUUGUGUCUAAGAUUUUGACUCUUCGUGAUAUCUCGACUGCACUCUACGCUCUUGAUCUUCAGUUUCACCAUUAUGGUGAUAUUGAGCCUCAACUCCUUAAAAAUAUUUUCAACCACAUUUCCUCCCAUAAUACCCAUCUCCAGGAAUUAAGAAUCUCUAUUGAUACUUGUCUAAGUUGGGAUUCUUCAUGUCGGGCUCGAGCUCUUGCUCUUGCAUCUCUUUGUGAUACUCGUCGUCUCAUUAUGAGUUGUGUUUCUUUAUGUCGGGCUCUUACAUCUCUUAAGCUUUCACUUUACCCGCCUCCACAUUACCUUAUAGGUGGUGAUAAUUAUACAGAAACAUUUCCAAAAUCUUUAAAUUUGCCUUUGUUGACCAGCUUAGAUCUAACAAAUUUCACCUUUUGCGGUGGUGAAAACGGCUGUGUCGAGCCUUUUUCCGCCUUUACCAAGUUGAAUAGUCUAGUCAUUGGUAGUUGUAAGGUAAAGGAUGCUCAAAUCCUUAGAAUAUCAAGUGAGACACUUGUCAAUUUAUCUAUGUAUUAUUAUUCAUCUAAUGUUGCCAAAGUCGAGCUAUCUACUCCAAGUCUUUGUACAUUUACCUUCCCCACAAGAACUGAUCAGAAAAUAUGUGGGAGUGGUCUUUCUUCCGUUAAACAAGUAAAUAUCAAUGCUGAAGAAUGUGCACCUACUGUUGCAGUUUCAAUGGAGCGUGCUUUGGUUCUAUUAAGCAUGCUGCAAGACCUUGCCAACGUAGAAUCAUUGACAGUCACUUCACUUGCUCUUCAGGUUCUCUCCUUAGUUCCAGAUUUAUUCAAGGUUAAGUUCUCUUCUCUGUGUAACUUGAAGUCUUUGAAAGUAGAAUUGAUACCAUAUGUUUAUGGAGGAGGAUUACGCCAUUUAAGGGAAAAGGAAAUGUUAAAGAAAGUGGCUGCCAAGUCACGUCAAGAAGCUACAAAGUUAAGAAAGGCAUUUAAAGAAGGUUUGAGACCACCUCCCAUACCUGAUGGAAUAAUUGACUUCUUGCGACAAAACUCGCCAUCGUCGGAAGUUAACAUCGUAACAAACUACCCGAGUCAUUUUAAUCUUAAGCGGGUGGAAGAGUCUAUAAAGGGCGGGAAGAACACCGGCUAUCAUUCGCAAUUUGCCACGCCUGCCGCCUCCUCUGCUGUUCCAGCUUCUGCUGCUGAGUCUGGUUCUGCAGCAGCUGCUUCUGCUACCGCACGUGCCUCUACUGCACCUCCUACUUUUCAUCUUUGUCACACUGAAAAGAUACAGAUUGAGUGAAGGGCAAGAGCCACGCAACUUUUCACAAACCAAUCUAAGAGGGCAUUUAUCAGAGUAUGUGGGCAUAUCAGCUUCAGCAGGAAAAGUAGAUGAGAAGAAACGAAACUUAAUCAAGAUUAAAUUGUGGGAGGGAUUGGCAGUUGGAUGUUUAUGUUUGUCUUUGGGUUUAUUAGCAAUGUUAAUAUAUUUUUUGUGGAAGAAGAAUAAAGGAAAAGAAGAAGAACCUAAUUCAGAAACCGUUUCUGAUCAGAAUAUGGAUGAAGAAUUCCAAAUGGGUGCUGGACCUAAGAAAAUUUGUUAUCAGGAAUUAUUGAAUGCAACAAACAACUUUGAAGAGAAACUGAAGCUUGGCCAAGGUGGUUUUGGUGGUGUUUACAAGGGUUAUUUUAAAGACACAAACUCAGUUGCAGCUAUAAAGAGGAUAUCAGCAAAUUCACGGCAGGGUAUUAAGCAAUACUCAGCAGAAGUGAAGAUCAUUAGCCAAUUGAGACAUAGAAAUUUGGUGAAACUCAAUGGUUGGUGCCACAAGAAGAAUGAAUUUAUCCUAAUAUACGAAUACAUGCCAAAUGGCAGCUUAGAUUUUCAUCUUUUUCUUGGAGGAAGCAUCUUGUCAUGGCACUUGAGGUACAAUAUAGCUCUUGGGUUAGCCUCAGCAUUGUUUUAUUUGCAGGAGGAAUUGGAAAAAUGCGUGAUUCAUAGGGACAUAAAAUCAAGCAACAUAAUGUUGGACUCCAACUUCAAUACUAAGCUUGGGGAUUUUGGUCUAGCUAGGCUGAUGGAUCAUGAGAAAGAGUCAGAAACCACAAUUGUAGCCGGAACCAGGGGUUACCUAGCUCCGGAAUACAUGGACACAGGAAAGGCUAGAAAGGAAUCUGACAUAUUCAGUUUCGGGGUUGUUUUGUUGGAGAUAGCCUGUGGGAAAAAAGCCAUACACCACCAAGAAUUAAAGGGUGAAGUAUCUUUAGUUGAGUGGGUUUGGGAGCUAUAUGGAUUGAAAAAUGUCAUUGCAGCAGCAGAUCCAAAGCUAUAUGGGCAAUUUAAUGCGAAGGAAAUGGAAUGUUUGCUAGUAGUUGGACUUUGGUGUGCUAAUCCAAAUAACACAUCAAGACCAUCUAUAAACAAAGUGAUUAAGGUGCUCAACUUUGA